CGAACACAUCGCACGCAAGCGCACUGGUCUUUGCUCCUAGGCGGCACUCUGGCUUGCACCAGAGCCAAUUUCACAGGCGUAAAAGCUGAGCAUCAAUUCACAAUGUUCAAGGUGCUUGCUUUGCACGACGAGACCGACCCUCUGCGAGUGCUUAAGGCGCAAAGCAAGCGGGCGCAGAAGCGACUGCAGCAGCGCGAGCAGGCCCGGGGAGGAACCCUUCUUCAACAUAAUGUGCACGGCUCCAAUGAGGACGAGUGGACGUCGCAAGUGCCGCGCGCAGAGUCAACGGAGAAUGCCGCGGCGCGCCUGUUCGACGAGCUGCUCGGCGACGGCUCCAACGGCGAGCUGGAUCCGGCGCUGCUUGAAGACAUCGCGCAGCAGGUCCAGCAAAUGAGCCUGCAGCAGCACACAAACCAGCUGCAGCGGCCCACUCAAAAUCAUCAAGGCGCUGCCGGGGCGCGGUCGCCGGCGUCGGCGCCUCGAGCGGGCGGCGGCUACGGCAGCACCGCGUUAUGUUUGACCAGCUCCCCAGGUGGCCCAGGCCUGGGGCCCGGCCCGGGCUUUAAUCAACAACUUCAACAACAACGGAGUAAUAGCGGGUAUCAUCAACAACACCGGCCAGGGGCGCAGCAAUGGCCGAGCAUCGUUCGGGGCGCGUCGCCGCCGCCGCGGCCGCCCACCACCACCGCAGACCUCGAGUACAGCCUUAUGCAACUCUUCACCGUCAGUGGCAGCAUCGGAGCAGGGGGAGGCGGCAGCGGAGCGGCAGGCGGCGGCGGCGGCAGCCCCAGCGUCAGCCGCCCCUCCACCGCCUCCUCCUCCCACGACUGGGGCUCGCAGUCGGGCUCGGUGCCGGCGGAGGAGUUUCCCAGCUUGGCGCGAGCCGCGACGACGGAGCGCCCGGCGACGGCGGCGGCGGCGGCGGCGGCUGGGUCGACGAAACGGAAGGCGCGGGCCGGGAGCCACCGCGUCGGUCUGCCGGUGGGCAGGCACGGGCCGCACGGCACCACCGCGACUGGCGUCAAGGUGCUGCACGCGGCUCGGCCGCAUGCGGGCGGGGGCGCGGGCCAGCACGGGCACCAGGCGGCGGCCGGCGGCGGAGCCGACUUCAACCUGCGGCUGCUGUGGGAGCUGCUGGGCUCGGGCUGGUGCCUGCUGGAGGACCCGCUGGCGGAGGGCGGCGCGGCAGGAGCGGCGGCAGCAGGAGGGGGAGCGGGAGCAGCAGCAGCAGGAGGCGGGCUGGGGGCGCUGGGUGCGGCGGGGCCGGACGCGGCGGCGAACGCGGCCAUUCGGCGGCUGGUGGCAGCGCAGCUGGCGGAGCAGGACGACGGGCCGGCCCGCGUCAUCAGCCAGGAGGACAUGAUCGCCAUGAUGACACGUGCGCACCGCCGCCAGUACACCGGAGCCGGCACGCGGCGGGCGAGGCAGCGGCGCGGCAGGCGCGGCGGCGGCGCCGCUGGCGGCAGCGGGGACGGCGGCUGCGGCAGCGGCAGUAGCAGCGACAGCGACAGCGAGAGCGGCAGUAGCGAGGACGAGGCGCACUACUACAACAGCCGGGACGACUCCAAGUCCUGGCGGCGCACGGUUGACAUGAUGGAGCGGAGCGAUUGGGUGCGGGUGACGGACACGGACGGCAAGCACUUCAAGUACCGGCGGCUGCUGCCCAACGGCGCCAUCCAGACGCAGACGGUGUGCUGCUCGCCCUCGGACGCCGUGCGCGGAGUGCGCAACCUGCAGGCGGACCUGGCGAGGAAGGACACGGAGGCCAACGCGGUCAUCAAGGCCUGGCGCCAGGAGCAGCGCCUCGCUAAGAAGGCGGCGGCGGCAGCGGCAGCCGCGGCAGCCGCAGAGGAUUCCUAGCGCGCCGGUUGAUAGGUGAUCGGGGGCGCUGCAAACCAGGGGCGCUGCCGUCGUGUGGCGCGCAUCGAAUGCGGUUCAUGUAAGAUGUAGUACGGUAUUUGCAUUGUCCUGCAAAGAGAGAGCGAAGGAUGCGACAGCCGAUGAGGGAAUGGGUGCGUGUGGCGUGUGGCUUCCUUGUUCAUAUCAUCGUGACAAGAGUGGCGGCAUUCAAGCCAGGCGUGAGCUCUCGGGAGCUGUGGGGCUGUGCAUUGGGCCUCGCACACACCUCCUAGGGAAACAGCAGCGAUAGCCUUUGAGUGUCUGAGUCCGUCCGUCGCAUGUGCACUGGGCGCGAGGGCGGGGGCUUGCGUGUUUGAGGCUUUUGACGCCGCCCAGAGAGGGAGUCGGAGGGUUCCCAUAUAUUGAUUGAUCGGAAUCAGUGUACUUGACGGCAGCUUGGACGUGUUACGGUAUGAUGGGUACGGUAGAGUGCCGCUUUAGGGUGCGUGUUAGAGCGGCAUACUACAUGUUACCAUGUUCAAGUGUUUCUUUGAAGGCCGGCUGGCGACAGGCAGUCGGGACGGCUUGGACAUUCACUCCGCCGCAUGGGGAUGCUUUUUGAUUAGCGGACUAUUUGUGAGGCAUGGCAACGCACACUAAGACGCUUUGUUGCAUUGCGAGCGCGCAACAGGGGAGUGGAGUAAGCUCACACUACAAAGCUGGUCCAGCAGGGCUGGGGGACACGGCGCACGGCUGAAGAUGCUUGGGCUGAGGACACGUGUGGCGAUGACAAAUCCUCUGGAGACUAGAGAGGGAACGGGGAGCGCUGCUGUGAAUUUAGCACCCCCCGGGCCAUUUACGAUUGAGACCGAGCAGAUGAGUGACGUGAGCAGAUUCUUGAGAUUAGCCAGGCCAUGCUCCCAUUACUGUGCGGGCUGACUUAUCAAUUAGCUUUGGGCGGGAAUGGGUGGGCGAGUUGUAGUGGACGGGACACGUACGAGCGGAGAUGCUGGUGCCUGGAAAGGGGCGCAGUGGGCCGAUUGACAGCGGUGAUGGCGAUUUGUUCGGGCUGCUGCACCGGUGCACAUCAGUCAUGAGGUGGUGGCGCGUGCACGCCGGUGCGUGAACUUCGAGUGGGGGCUUGGAGGCGGCCAUCAUUGGAGGGCGGGGAUACCGGAUACACCGUUGGCACAGACGGCCCGGGCGCGUACGACACGUGUACGCGUUGCAGUGCGCACACUCCCGAGUGCACCCUUCCGUCAGAAUAGCUAAUUAGCCAUUGUGCACACGGUCGCGCAGCGACAGCCUUGGAAAUCCACUCUACUGUGGCGUACGGUAUUCGCCUUCUCUUCGAAAUUUUGCAAUGAAGACAUGAUUGCCGGGCUGCCCAGGAGUAAGCCGUUCUUAACUCGACUUCGCC